AACUCACUAUAAAAGACGAGGACGAUUAGGGUUUCAGCAACCUUUAUCAUUAUCUGAACAAUGAAGAAGAAGAAAAUCGUGAAAUCACGCAAAAAAGAUGCAGAUGCUUCUUUAUUCAGUCGUUUACCAGACGAAAUCAUCCUCCAAAUUGUAAACAAAUUAAUCGAUUUGAAAACCCUUUGUUUUUGCUAUCUCGUUUCCAAACGUUUCUCCUCGAUUGUACUUCAAGUCGAUACCAUUUCAUUCACUGCUCCUUUAGACCCUAACAUUCCCGACAAGAACACCAUCAGUGAUGUCGACCCAAGUAGGCCGAAUCCGCCUAAACUUUCUUCGUUUUUUGGUGAGUCCUUUCUAUCUGCCAAUGGGUUUUUGAACACGUUUACAGGGGUGAAGUCCUUAUAUAUCGAAUUUCCAUCUUUCGGUCACAGAGAUAUUGAUAAUAAUUGUUUGUUCAAGUGGAAGGUUAAGUUGGGGCACAAAGCUCUAUCGUUUAUAUUUCUGUCGCCGAGUUCAAUUUGUGAUAAGAAUGGAUUGUAUCUUAAUGGAAAUGUGGGUGAAGAAGAAGACCUCGAAUUACUCAGUGAUUUACUUAAGAAGAAGCUUGCCAUUUCGUUUCAGUGUCUGCAGGAUGUGAUAGCGUGGAAUGUGAUGUUGUUGCACCUCCUUAAUAAUCUACCAACGUUGGAACAGGUAUCAAUUACUGAUUCAGGGAGAAGAGGGAGGCUUUCUCUGAGUGGGAAAAAACUCAGUGAGGUGAAGGAAUGGGUACAUUCAGCUUCGGAAAUUGUGUUUGAUCGUGUAGAGGUUCCUGAUAUGGUGAGUAAGUGUUACAUUCCUGUUUUGACAUUGCCAGUUUCAGGGUAUGUGAUGAAGGGGGUAUUUUGUGCUCUAAUGGAGAUGAAAGAUCUACAUGGUGAAAAUGAUGGACUUUUGGAUAGUGAAGAUGGUUUUGAAGAUAAAGAAGAGGCUGCAUAUAUUGAAGCUAUGAAGGAGGUUUUGGAGAAGGAUACUGGCAUGAUGCAGAGGUUUAUGUAGUAUGAAUCAGGUCCAUAUAUACUCUGAACUUCAAUAUUCUUGUAAGGGACUUAAGCAGGCUCAAGUAACAAGUAACAUGGGAUAAUAUUUGCUAGAAGAUGGAACGAUUCUGUAAAAGAUAUAUAGGGUUUCUUGAAGAGUAUAUUUCCCUGGAAAGAUAGCUAACAUGUAUUAGUGUGUGUGUGUGUGUGUGUGUGUUAUAAAUCUAUCUUCAUUAGCCAUAAAGUCAUCCGGAGAUUGAGUCGUUAGCUUGCCCCAUGUGCCUUGCACAUGAGGGCAUUUUGGUCAUUUACCCUUGGACUUCUCAAGACAUCAUCUUCUUCACCCAAAACAACACCAUUCACCCACCUUUAUUCCCUUUGACCUAACCCUUCUCCAUCCAUCACAAUUCCCACCUUCUAUCAUAAACUCAUCCUGAUUCCUAAUCUCUACUAUGACAAGGUAUCAUUUAUCUGCUUGUUUUGUUUGGAGUUACAUAUAUUGCCAUUUGUUUAUUAAUCACCAAAUUAAUUGUGGAAAGAGAAUAUGGUUUCACGUUACUAUUCAUCAACCCAGUCUCCUUUAAAAUCAUGCACAAUCAUCGUUUGUUCUUAUAUGUAUCCGUGGAUCUGAAAAUUAUUCACUAUUGAUGUGUCGGUUGAAAUUAUAUAUAAUUACCUGUAUUCGAUUGUUGCUCUUGCAAGAUUCAUACCGAGUAGCUGUGUUUUUAGGGUUUUCUUGGUGUUUGUCAUUUGAAGUUGUUUCUCUAGAUUUUUGAAGUUGUUUCUCUGGACUUGAAGUUGUAAUUUGAAAUUUGUUUAUGUUAAUGAUUUAUUGAUGUUGUUAAA